AAGGGAGAUUACUAUUUGAUUCUGAUAUUCAAUAAGUAGCGCGGAUUACAAAAGUUAUACUGUUUUCUGAGGGCGAAAAAUAAAGUUUUUAAAACUUCUAUGACAGCGUAUUUCAGAACAAUAAUAUGUGAUUCAACAUAAAUUAAUAUUUUUAAAUCACUGGGAACAAACGCUCCAGCUGGCAAUAGCGUAAUAUGAAAGAACAUCUUUCUAAACAAUCUCGGAUCUCUAGCAGAAUCUGAGUAAAUUUCAAUAUGGCCUUGCAGAUAAUGACGUCACUGCGAGAUGGCUUGGAAUCUUUCAUGUAAACUUAGAAAACUUGAAUUGAGUACAAACAAGAUAUUUUACAUUCAAAGCUUGGGACAGACUGCAUCACUGCAACAGUUUCAAAUCAAGGUAUAACUGACGUUUGAGGUUAGAUCACCGUAUCCCUUUUGCAAAACAAACAUUGUUUACAUCUGGAAAAUGAUUGGAACGUACUAUUUUGUGAUCGUGGGACACAAAGACAAGCCCUUGUUCGAAAUGGAGUUCACCAACAACAAGGACCCAAAGAAAGAGGACCACCGACAUCUGAACCAGUUUAUAGCACACAGUGCUCUAGACUUGAUCGAUGAGCACAAAUGGAAGACGCAAAAUAUGUACCUCAAGUCAGUGGACAAGUUUAACCAGUGGUUUGUGUCCGCCUUCGUGACUGCCAGCCUGAUCAGGUUCGUCAUUGUUCACGACAAUCGCAACGAUGAUGGCAUCAAGAAUUUCUUCAAUGAGAUAUAUGAGGCCUAUAUCAAACAUGCGAUGAAUCCGUUCUAUGAGGAGAACAGCCCCAUUCGAGGCGCAGCCUUUGAGAAAAAGGUCUUGUCCUAUGGGAAGAAGUAUCUGUUGAACUAGCUGUACGUUAUUUGCUUCAAAUUGAAUCAGGACCGUUUGGAGAGGUAAUCAAACCUGCAGGAGCCAGAGGAUUAUUUAAUGAGUGUCAGUCAAGCAAAUCACCAGCUAGAGUACUUAGCAAUAACAGCUUUUAUGUACAAAACAGGCAACCAAAACAAUCUUUCACUUAUUGCAAUAGACAUCCAACAGUAUGAGAGUCCCAACUAAUAAAUAAAAGCAAAUACUGUCCUCAA